AUGCAACAAAUCCUUCCCGUUGACCAUACUGGCCGAGAGCACUGGCCGAGAGCACUCUGGUCGAGCUGGCCGAGAGCACUCGACAGCGCUGGCCGAGAGCACUCUGGCCGAGCUGGCCGAGAGCACUCGACAGCACUGGCCGAGAGCACUCUGGCCGAGCUGGCCGAGAGCACUCGACAGCGCUGGCCAAGAGCACUCUGGCCGAGCUGGCCGAGAAAUCUCGACAGCAGCUGGCCGAGAGCACUCGGCAGCGCUGGCCGAGAAGUGCACUCGGCAAAGCUGGCCGAGGACUCUCGACCGCCUGUGCGAGAUCUCUCGGCCACCUACAGAGGCUGGCCGAAAUUUCUCGCCUGGGGUGGCCGAGUGCACUCGGCUGGGCUGGCCGAGAGCACUUGUCGGGGAUGA